GGCCCAACAGGGCGCGGCAGUGUGCGCCACGAAACUAACAGGAGCUCUCGUCUCGUCCUCGUCUCGCCCCAUCAAAGGCUGCGAUCCAUUCCUUCGACGCAUCUGUGCACGAGCGCGCCGCCGCCGCCGGGGGCCGCCUCCACCUCCAUCGCCCGUCGCCUCAGCUCCUCCCCGUCCGCAAGCAAGUGACUACAGGUAAACUGUGGCAAGCAAGAUGGCCCUCUCAUCAGUUUUCAGGAGAGUAAACAUCAAAGAAUUGAUCUCAAAUGUUCCGGUCUACACUAGCUCAACAGAGACAUCUGGAGGAAUGAGCUUGGUCUUUAGGCGUUGGGCCACAAAAAAGACUGCUGGGUCAACGAAAAAUGGCCGCGACUCUAACCCCAAGUAUCUGGGUGUUAAGAAAUUUGGUGGAGAGAAAGUGGAACCAGGAAACAUCAUCGUACGACAAAGAGGAACCCGCUUCCAUCCUGGGAACUAUGUUGGCAUGGGGAAGGAUCACACUCUCUUCUCUCUGAAGGAAGGCCAUGUGCGGUUCGAACGGAAUAAGCUGACUGGCAGGAAAUGGAUUCAUGUCGAACCUGUAGCUGGGCACACUCUCCACCCUGUUUACGCCGAUGGUUCAGCUACUGCAGCUGACAUGGAGCUGCUGUAGUGUUGAUGUGUGCGUGGGUUGCAGUAACAAGUUGCUGAUAGUUUCUGGGGAUGGCUCUGCUGUUUUGCUCCGACAUGGAUACUUCGUAAGUGAACUUGUUCCAGCGAAAACGUUUCUGGGUUAGGAUGAUCGCAAUAAGUAACUUCAGUGUAUUUCUGAUGUCAUUUUAAGUAUACAUUCUGCACGAGACAGUGAAGGUUCACUUGUGUAAUUUUUUGUUCGUAUGCUGCUGCUUUUCUCUGAAAUCAACAGUGUAACCUGCCGUUUGGUCUAUUCUCAUUUUCAUAUA